UAUCCUAGGCGACGCAACACAAACACGGCGCAGUGUAACAUCUGCUGUGUCAGGGGACCUACCUAGUGCCAGCGUAAUUUUUCACAGAAAUUGUAAAACUAUGUAGUUUAUGUGUCACUUCCUUGCUUUGAAAUGUCGAAACUUUUAGUGUCGAGACCGCAUUUCGACACCAGAGCCGUGACUCAACAUGAACAACUGCGUCCACCUGUUGAUCCAGAGACCACAUUAAAACAUAACUUCUUAACAUCGUCCGGAUUAGCCGCGGCAGGAUACAGAUCUGCGAAAUACACUCCGGCGGAAUGGAUGGCCAAGAACAACGCUACUUUGAACCAGGCAUUGAGCGAUCUAACCAAUUCAGAGAAAAUUCGCUUCGAUUCCAAAGUGCUUUAUACGGAGACCGAGGUUAAAACUCUGCGCACACAGGCGGAUGGCACCACACACUUGGGUGAGAGGUUACAAGAUAUUCACUUUUGGAAGUCCGAGCUUGAGCGGCACAUCGAACAUCUUGGGGCGGAGACUGACUUGCUUUUGGCUGAGAAGUGCCGUUUGGAGAAGGGUUUGGACGCCACCGAGAUUCCUUUUGCCAUUGCGACAGAUAAUCUGACAUGUAGGGAAAGACGACUUGGGCCCGAUCUGGUUAAAGACCUCGUGGAGGAAGAACUCAUCCAAGAGGUGGAGUUGAUCCGAAGCAUUCAGGCACUGCACAAGAGAACGCUAGAUCAGACUGUUGCUCAAAUAAAGUCCAACCGGGAUGCUAAGCAAACUUUGGAGAUGGACUGGUCUGAUAAGCACCAAGCCUACAGUUUAGAUAACCAAUGUGGCCGCUACAGCAACACCAGUUCUGAGACACAACAUCAGGCGGGUUCUGCAAAGAUCCAGGAUCAUGUGAGUAACAGUGAAGAGUGGAUGUACUUCACACAAGCCAACCUGGCAGCAGCAGAACACGAGAUGCGAGCGAGCGCCGUGCUCAGGAAGCUGAUUGAGCGCGUGCUCCAAGACACAUCAGAAGACCUGAGGGCCCAGUGUUCCAGAGUGGACCUGGCCUUCAACCAGCGCUGCCAAGAGCUGACCGAGGCCAAGAUUCAGCUGGAGCUCCACCUGUCACAGAUCCUGCAGCAGAUUGGGACCCAGGAGAGGAACAUCGUGUCCUUGCAGCAGGCUCUCCAUGACAAGGAGGCUCCCAUGAGAGUGGCCCAGUCAAGGCUUUACCAGCGAACACACAGGCCUAACAUGGAGCUGUGCAGAGAUUCACCACAGCUCAGUCUUGUGGAUGAGGUCGAGACGAUCACUCACACUAUGUCAGCCCUGACGCAGCAGCUGUGUGUGUCCCGGGACUCUCUGGCGGCGCUGGAGGAGACUCGUAUGGCCCUGGAGAAGGCCAUCGCCUGCAAGACCCACAGCCUCCUCAUCGACCGCGAGAAGUGCAUGGGCCACCGCACCCGUUACCCUGACCUCGUCACCCUGUCAGGAUACUGAGACGCUCACACACACACACACACACACACACACACACAC